GAGAGCAAGAUGGCUGAGAUGUUUACCCCCAAAGGACCUGGAGAUCCAGAGCAGGAGACAUUUGGGGACAUGGACAUGAUUGAGAACAAAGCUGGACUGUUCCAGAACUUAAGGAAAAGAUGGUCAGGACACCUGCCUAGGAUCAGGCUUGGUCACCUCCAGGUUUUCAUCUCUUUGAGCUUCUUCCUGGGUCUCAUCAUUGUACUGGUCCAGGUUGUGGAUUCUCGGAAUCAGAUCCAGGACGAUCUGAUUAAGAUCAGACAACAGAUGGCCCAGUUGAAUGUCACUCUGGAGAGGCUCUGCUGGCCUUGUCCAUUGGGCUGGGAGUCCUUCCAAGGAAACUGCUACUGGUUCUCCAGGUCUCAGAGCAACUGGUUCUAUGCUUCCAAAGCCUGUGAGCGCCUGAAAGCCAAGUUGGUGAUCGUCAACAGUAAGGAGGAGGAGGAAUUCCUGCAGCUUUGGGAGAUCCGGCAUGAUAAGAAAACCUGGAUUGGACUUACAGACCAUCACAAUGAGUCAUCCUGGGAAUGGGUGGAUAAGACUCCUCUUCGUGACAGCUACUGGAAACGAGGAGAACCCAAUGACAUUAACAAUGAGGACUGUGCCGAGCUGCUUGAUGAUGGCUGGAAUGAUAUCCCGUGUACUUCGGAAAUUGCUUGGAUCUGGCACCUGCCCAAGGUUAGCCUCAGUCUCCUGCAGCUUCUCAUCUCUCUAUUCCUCUUCCUGGGUAUGAUUAUUGUGCUGAUCCAGGGCCUUUCUGCAUAUAGUUGGUGCCUAAUCAUUGUGUUCCUGUCAGAAGUUGGGGAUUCUUGGGAACAGAUGCAGGACAACCUGAAUAAGAUCAGCCAACUGCUGGCCCAUUUGAAUGUUACCAUGUAUCAUCACAAAGAGGGAUCCUGGGAAUGGGUGGACAAGACCCCUCUCAAUGACAGCUAUUGGAAACCAGGAGAACCCAAUGACGACCUUGGCAAUGAGGAUAGUGUGGAGCUACUCGAUGAUGGCUUGAAUGAUAUUCCAUGGCCCACCAAUUCCUGCAGAGCUGUAUUUGGGGGCAAUCAGAAGAGUCUGAGUACAGUUGGGAAUUUUCAGGAACAAAUGAAAGACAACCUGAAUCUGUUCAGCCAAGUGCUGGCCCAGUCAAAUGUCACCCUGGAGAAGUUCUACGGGAACCUGAGCUUAGCUGAGAAGGAGGUCGAACAACCCCAGACCGUGAGAAAGUGGUCAGAGCGCUGUCCCCGACUCAGCCUCAGUCUCCUGCAGCUUCUUGUCUCUCUUAUCCUCUUCAUUCUCCUGGUGAACAUCCUGGUUCAGACUGAGACAUCUCAGAAGCCGGACCUGGUGAACAUAGAUUGGAUCCAUCACCAACAGACCCCAACGAAUGUCACCCUGGGAGUGUUCUGUCAUCCAUGCCCCUGGAUUUGGACAGAAUUCCAAGGAAGCUGCUACUUGCUCUUUCGGUCCAAGAGCAACUGGAAUGAUGCUCUUUCUGCCUGCCAGCAUGUAAAUGCCCUGCUAGUGGUCAUCAACAGCGAGGCUGAGGAGAAAUUCCUCCAGUCUUGGAAAGUCAGAGAUAAAAAACACACGUGGAUUGGCCUCAGCGACCAUCUCCAUGAGGGGUCCUGGAGAUGGGUGGACGACACCCCCCUUCAACUCAGCUUCUGGAGAGCAGAAGGAUCCAACAGCACCUAUGAUGAAAACUGUGUGGAACUGUAUGAUGAUGGCUGGAACAAUAAUCUGUGUAGCGCACUAAGAAUGUGGAUCUGUGAGAAGCCCUCAACUCUUUGUCCCAAACACUAA